CAACUUUGGAUUAAUCUAGCAGACAUCGUCUUGGAUCUUCUGGAAAAAUGAAAUUCUUUGUCAUUGCUUUUGCUGUGAUCGCAGCUGCCUCGGCGGCCUCCAUUGCCACGGAUUACCUGCCGCCAGUGGACAACAACAUCGAAGCCGCCUCCGACAUUGUCGAGCUGCCCGCCGAGCAGGGAGUUCUGGCCGAUGAUGGAUACCGCUACAAGACCGUGCGUCGCCUUAAGCUGCGCCACCGUCGUGAUGUGAACGAGCUGCCCUCUGGAGAGUACCUGCCCCCAGCUGAGGAGGCCGCUUCCGCUGCCAUUGCUGUUGAGACUCCCUUGGCUGAUGAUGGCUACCGUUACAAGACCGUCCGCCGUGUGAUCCGUCGCCGUCGUGAUGUGAACGAGCUGCCCUCCGCCGAGUACCUGCCCCCAGCUGAGGAGGCCGGUUCCGAAGCCGUUGCUGUUGAGACUCCCCUGGCUGCUGAUGGAUACCGCUACAAGACUGUCCGCCGUGUGAUCCGUCGCCGUCGUGAUGUGAACGAGCUGCCCUCUGGAGAGUACCUGCCCCCAGCUGAGGAGGCCGCUUCCGCCGCCAUUGCUGUUGAGACUCCCUUGGCUGAUGAUGGCUACCGUUACAAGACCGUCCGCCGUGUGAUCCGUCGCCGUCGUGAUGUGAACGAGCUACCCUCCGCCGAGUACCUGCCCCCAGCUGAGGAGGCCGGUUCCGAAGCCGUUGCUGUUGAGACUCCCCUGGCUGCUGAUGGAUACCGCUACAAGACCGUCCGCCGUGUGAUCCGUCGCCGUCGUGAUGUGAACGAGCUGCCCUCCGCCGAGUACCUGCCCCCAGCUGAGGAGGCCGGUUCCGAAGCCGUUGCUGUUGAGACUCCCCUGGCUGCUGAUGGAUACCGCUACAAGACUGUCCGCCGUGUGAUCCGUCGCCGUCGUGAUGUGAACGAGCUGCCCUCUGGAGAGUACCUGCCCCCAGCUGAGGAGGCCGCUUCCGAAGCCGUUGCUAUUGAGACUCCCCUGGCUGCUGAUGGAUACCGCUACAAGACUGUCCGCCGUGUGAUCCGUCGCCGUCGUGAUGUGAACGAGCUGCCCUCUGAGUACCUGCCCCCAGCUGAGGAGGCCGCUUCCGAAGCCGUUGCUAUUGAGACUCCCCUGGCUGCUGAUGGAUACCGCUACAAGACUGUCCGCCGUGUGAUCCGUCGCCGUCGUGAUGUGAACGAGCUGCCCUCCGGAGAGUACCUGCCCCCAGCUGAGGAGGCCGGCUCCGAAGCCAUUGCUGUUGAGACCCCUCUUGCUGAUGAUGGCUACCGUUACAAGACUGUUCGCCGUGUGAUCCGUCGCCGUCGUGAUGUGAACGAGCUGCCCUCUGCCGAGUACCUGCCCCCAGCUGAGGAGGCCGCCGCCUCUGCCAUCAUCGAUGUGCCCGCCGAGCAGACCGUUCUGGCUGCUGAUGGCUACCGUUACAAGACCGUCCGUCGUCUGAAGCUCCGUCGUCACUAAGCCAUCGAUUGUGCCAACUCCCACCGCAGCGUUUGAGAUUGUCGAGGAUGCUUUUCCAGAAGAAGUUCUGCCUUUGAAAGUCUCACGAUGACACUAACCAUAAGUCGAGCGUAUUAGUCAAAUUGAAUCCGUUAUGAACAACCCGAGUACAAACCCGAAUUAACAAUAAUAAACAUUUUUAAAACAAAAA